UGGGUUUUCAUGGGCAUAUUCGCUGGUUACUCCUCGUCUCGCCUUCACAAAAUGUUCAAAGGAAACAAGUGGAAGAGAAUGACCUUGAAGACUGCAUUCAUGUUUCCCGGUAUCCUUUCUGCUAUCUUCUUUGUUCUGAAUGCCCUCAUUUGGGGAGAGCAGUCAUCUGGAGCCAUACCAUUUGGUACAAUGUUUGCUCUCUUCUGCCUCUGGUUUGGCAUCUCAGUCCCACUAGUCUUCGUCGGUAGCUAUCUGGGUUACAAAAAGCCAGCAAUUGAAUACCCAGUCAAAACAAACAAGAUCCCGAGGCAAGUACCAGAGCAGCCAUGGUACAUGAAACCAGUGUUCUCCAUACUAAUUGGAGGCAUCCUCCCGUUUGGAGCAGUCUUCAUCGAGCUUUUCUUUAUCCUGACAUCAAUAUGGCUGAACCAGUUCUACUACAUCUUCGGGUUCCUCUUCAUAGUGUUCUUGAUCUUGAUCGUCACUUGUGCAGAGAUCACAGUGGUGCUCUGCUACUUCCAGCUUUGUAGCGAGGAUUACAACUGGUGGUGGAGAGCUUACUUAACUGCAGGCUCAUCCGCUUUCUACCUCUUCCUCUACUCAAUCUUCUACUUCUUCACGAAGCUGGAGAUCACC